CCUACGUAACAUGGUGCUCACACGUCUAGGCUAGCUAGCUUCUAUGGACUAUGGGUGCUAGCUAAGCCAGGACGACUCAACUGCAUGCACAGCUCGAGUAGUUCUGGCCGGUAGCGUGCGAGGAUAUCGAGAGCCUCCGGGGAGUACAGUGAGAGAGGGAGAGGGGAGGGCAGGAGAUGGGGCACCACUCCUGCUGCAACAAGCAGAAGGUCAGGAGGGGCCUGUGGUCACCGGAGGAAGACGAGAAGCUCGUCAAGUACAUCUCCACGCAUGGCCAUGGCUGCUGGAGCUCAGUCCCCAGGCAGGCCGGGCUGCAGAGGUGUGGCAAGAGCUGCAGGCUGAGGUGGAUCAACUACCUGAGGCCGGACCUGAAGAGGGGAAGCUUCUCGCAGCAGGAGGAGGCCCUCAUCAUUGAGCUCCACAGGGUGCUGGGGAACAGGUGGGCUCAGAUUGCCAAGCACCUACCUGGCAGAACGGACAAUGAGGUCAAGAACUUCUGGAAUUCCACCAUCAAGAAGAAGCUCAUCUCUCAGGCCGUGGGUAGUCUACACCCUUCCCCUGCAGAUUUGUACUACAACAUUCUGGAUGGAGCAGGACAGAGCAUCGCAGCUGCGUCGCUCAACGCGGUGGAGAAUGCAGCUCACGGAUUCACUCAGUCGCCGCCAUCUUCCGUGCACAACUCCGCGGCUUGGGCGCCCAGUUUCAGUUCCCACCAGCCAAUCUUCCUCCCCGGCCACGGCUGCGGCGGCGACCUUCCAUACGCCGCGGUCGACGGGGAGUUCAUUAGGCUGUGCCGAGCAGCGGAGGCGUACCAGCUGGAGAACGGCGCCGGCGGCGCUGCCGCCGCCAUCGGGAGCCAGUGCAAGCCAAGUGACCUCUUGGUUGAAGAGGGCGUCGUGGCGCGGAGCUGCCUCCCAGCGUUCGUCGAACAGAAGGGCGGCGCCGGCGGCGCUUUCUUGGCCGAUCCGGCCAUGGGUCCGGUCAUGGACUUCAUGGACGCCAUCCUGGGGUCGUCGUCGACGUCGGCGGCCAGUGCUUCAUCUGUCGACAGCUUCUCGGCGAACACCGCCAUGCAACCUCACUGGAUCCCCUGAAUAUAUUUCCAUGUUUGGGGUAUUUCAGUCGGCGCGUGCGUACACGGGGGAUUUUAGGAUUUAUAAGCUCGUUCCCAUCUUAAAUUUCAAAUAUAUAUAUAUUGCAUAAUUUAUAAAAUAUAACAUGUGUCUUACGGUAUAUAUGUUUUACAUAAGUUACAUGUACAUACAUUUUAUAUUUUCCCUAUGUAUGUAAUAUGUGUAGGACUGGUAAGUAUAUAAUGGGUGUCAGAUGCAGUUGAACUUCUGAUUUGCUAUAUGUAUAUGUGCUUCCUUAAUAAGAGUUAAAUAUACACAUAUAGCCAUGGCUAGAUGAAGUAG